AUGAGCCCAACGGGCGAUGCUGCGCAUGCGAGUAGAGUAGAUCAGCGACCUCUACCGAACGGUGUUAGCCGACCGGAGGUUGUGGAGCAGGGCACUACGCAAGAUGAUGUCGCUUUUAGGCGAGCCCUGGAGGGAACCGGACCCGGCGCGACGCUUAACACCGGAUUCGGCGUACGAAGACGCUGCACCUGGAACUACCACGGACGCUACGGCGAAUGCGGCGCGGAGGCAGGUGACAUGGCGACGGCCCCACAGACUAGGGGUGGUCAAAAUCCAGGUGCUACAGCAGACGACAUGGUCGCCGAGUCGUUCGAGGGUGGCCACGCCAGACGGACCUUUGUUCGACAGAUCACAGUCACGACGCCUUCGAAAAUCAACGUCUUCGUCUACAAGUGGAACGUCUCAGUGCUGAGGCGGGAGCUGACAGAGGUAAUCCUCCUGGACUUUCUGGACAUGGUCGUGAACGAGGGGGUCAACAAGGGGUCAAGGAGUGGAGAGCUUCGUGGUUAUGACUUGGGUGGUAGAAGUUCCGUGUUCGUGGACAACGUUUCCGGCGGCAAUCCACCAGGGCUACUAGGAUCUCAAGUACCAGAACAGGACACGACGAAGGCGGGGAUGUCUAGCCCAACUACAGACCCCAUGGAGGCACUUAUGCAAGGGAUGUCUCAGCUACAGGCGGCCAUGGCGUUACAGAUGGGGAUGGCAGCCAGCAAGCCAGAGGUGAUUAGGCCUGGUGUGAGCGGGUCGGAGUUGCCAAAGCUUCCAGAAGCAGAUGAGCAGGCGGCAAUCAAUGUGGGAGAUUGGUUGCAUGGCUUGGCGGGACCGAUGGGGGAUUUGACAGAUGGCAGCGCACUUUGGUGGGCAGAUGUUUUAGCAUCCCUCGAGGCGUUCUACAAGGACUAUGUGGCGGCGUCUACAGUGAGGAAGGUCCAGCUGCGAGCAGAGGACUACGCUAUGGCGACGUUGAAGGAUCCGAAGUGGGUCAGGCUGGAUAAGCGGGCAGCGAGCAUGCUAUUACAAGCAGUACCAGAGGGCCUGAAGGGUGAGCUGAUGGCGAACCGUUUGAGCUCUACAAUUUCAAUCCUAGGGAGGAUCCUCACAAUAUACCGGCCAGGCUCAGCAGCUGAACGACAACAAGUACUUCGAGCGCUGGAGAACCCAGGAACUGCCACCACAGCAGCGGAUCUGGUUGAAGUCCUGCGCAAGUGGAUGCGCUGGCUCAAGCGGGCCCAGGACCUGGGACUACAAAUACCAGAUGCAAGUAUACUGCUGAAGGGAUUGGACAGUGCGGCCAAGCAGCAAAUGGAGCGCAGCACCGAGAUAGUGUUUCGGAGCAACAUGUUACGCUACAGUCUGGAUCUGGACUCGGCUCCCACGUUGCCGAAUAUCCUCAAGUACCACAGCCACUUACUAGUGGAGUUCGAGCAGUUGUCCUUCAGAGGAAGGACCAAGACCAACAACACAGCCAUCCCGUCGGUAAGGAAUGCUACCACCGGAGGUGACUCUGGAACCACCACUUCUGCAAAGACGGGGACUUCGCCCACAGCUACCGGAAGCACAAAGCCGUGUAAGUUUUAUUUGUCGGAUACCGGGUGUCAGAGAGCUACAUGUCGCUUCUACAUGACUGGCAAGGUGUUCCUCGAGAAUAUCGGGCUGAUAAGUGCAAGGGAUGUGGAGCGAAGGGGCACAUGA